AUGAAGGUCUCCCUCCUCAGUGCCAUUGCCCUCUUCGCGGCGGCAGCCACCGCCCAAACCAGCAACACCAUCGCGGACAUCAACGGCCGCGCUCGAACGUUGCAGGAGGAUUUUGUCGAAGUAGACGAUGCCGAGUUGAACCGCGAGUGCCACAAACAAAACGGCAACUACAUCCCGUCCCUCAAGACCGGACAGUACUCGACCAGUGCGUUCCAUAACUGCUUCCGCACCAUCGACCAAAUCUAUGAGUUCACCGAUGCGUUGGUCGCCCAAAACCCGACGUUGCUGAGCAAGAUUGCCAUCUCCAAGACGUACAAUAACGCCACGAUUUACGGCUACAAGUUGACCAAGGGCCACUCGCAGUCUUUGUACUUUCAAUCCCAGCUACACGCCCGCGAAUGGAUCGCAGGAGCGUCGAUUCUGUUCUCAUUCGCGUCGAUUCUGGAUGACAUUACCAAUAACAAACCCACGGCCGCCGACGAGUACGACUUGUACUUUGUGCCGAUCGUCAACAUUGACGGCUUCGAAAAGACGUGGAACGGCACCCGGUACCAGCGCAAGAAUGCCAAUGGUGUUGACUUGAACCGCAACUGGCCGAGCCUGCCCGACCCCGAAAGCAUUCACCCAGACGACGACACGUACCCUGGACUUAAGCCGUUCAGUGAGCCUGAAACCGCGGGCAUCAAUGAUUGGUUCAAAACCAAGCGCAAUGAAAUCCAAGGGUUUAUUGACAUUCACUCGUACAUGGGGCUCGUCUUGUACCCGUACGCAGACACUAACCAGCCAAUCGGCGGGGGAUUUGACGAGAAGUUCGAAGUCCUCGGCCGUGGAUUGGAAAGCGUCCUGGGGGCGUACACCGCUAAACCGUUGGCCAAAACAUUUUCCAUGUCGUAUGGGUUGUUUCAAGAUUACGCGUUCCGUGAAUUCAAAAAGCCUUCCCUGACGUUUGAAAUUAUCGGCGAUGAUUUUGUCGUGAACGUGACGACCAUCAAGACACGCGGCCUCGAAGUGUACAAAGGUAUCAACCAAUUCGCCAAGGAAGUCACCGUGUUCAAUGGUGGAGACGUCACGCCCACCAAGCCGUCUUGUGGUGAUUAA